CAUCCUCCUGUAAAUAGUAUACACCUCUGUCUAUUUUACCCAGGUGGAAAUUAAUGAUCUUUUUUCUGCAGGCCAAUGCAUUUCGUAAUGCCCACAAGAUCUAUGUAAAUGGAUCAGACGUCCCGGAUGCUGUGGCCUCGUUUGCGGACCUCUAUGAGCACUACAACCUCCCCUCUUACCUCCGGAGAAACGUUGCCAGUGCUGGCUACCUUAAACCCACUCCCAUCCAGAUGCAGGCCAUUCCUCUCAUGUUGCAUGGUCGCGAGGUACUGGCGUGUGCCCCAACUGGUUCAGGGAAGACAGCUGCCUUCAUAAUACCCAUCCUUGUCCACCUCAAGGAGCCGGCAAAGGUGGGAUUCCGAGCGGUGAUAGUCUCCCCUACAAGAGAACUGGCUCAGCAGACAUACCGAGAGUGCUCCCGGCUCUGCGUGGGGUCGGGGUUCAAAGUCCACGUCCUCACAAAGGCUAAAGCGUCGGCAAACUCUUUUGGACCGUCUUCAUCUCAGAGAUUUGAUAUUCUGGUGACCACACCCAGUAGACUGGUCCACAUGUUAUCCCAGGAACCACCUGCCAUCCAACUCAACAGUGUGGAGUGGCUGGUUUUGGACGAGGCAGACAAACUGUUUGAAGACGGACCAAGUGAUUCUGGUUUCAGGAAUCAGGUUGCUCAGAUAUAUUCGGCAUGCGACAACCCAAAGGUGAAGCAUGCUCUAUUUAGUGCCACCCUGGGUCAGGGGUGGAGGAGUUCUGCCACGCCUACUUCACCACUCCAGUCAGGAUCAUCGUCGGCCUCAAGAACACAGCGACGGAUGCAGUGAAACAAGAACUACUGUUUGUGGGGCAAGAGAGUGGGAAACUCCUGGCAAUUAGGAAUCUCGUGAAACAAGGAUUCACUCCUCCGCUGCUGGUGUUCAUUCAGAGCAAGGAGAGGGCUAAAGAGCUGUUCCACGAGCUCAUCUACGACGGUCUAAACGUGGAGGUCAUUCACGCCGACAGGACUCAGGCUCAGAGAGACAACAUCAUCAAGAGCUUCAGAGCCGGCAGAAUAUGGAUUCUGAUCUGUACCGAUCUGAUGGGACGAGGGAUGGACUUCAAGGGAGUCAACAUGGUCAUCAACUAUGACUUCCCUCCUUCAGCCAUCAGCUACAUACACAGGAUUGGUCGUACUGGGCGUGCUGGAAGACAGGGUCAGGCCAUCACUUUCUUUACCGAAGAUGACGCCAUCAACCUUCGCAGUAUAGCAGACCUGAUGCGGGCCUCGGGCUGCGAGGUACCUGACUGGAUGCUGAACAUGAAGAAACCCUCCAAAGCUACGAAGAAGAGACUGUCUCAGAAGCCAGUCAAGAGGGAGAGAAUCGCGACAGUCACUCACUACGACCUGCAGAGAGCCCGAAAGAGAAAGGAGAUGGUCCUGGCAAGCAAACGUGAAACAAACUCAUCUGCAGACUAACUCUUUGCAGUUAAAUCACCACUUUCAAUCUUUGUCCCUAGAUUUUCACCUACAAGACAGUCAUUAUCAUUAACCCUCGGUGCGCAUGUG